UUUAUCAUGGACGGUCUUGAUUAGUCUUACUUCGUUCGUGGUGUACUUACUACCACGGAAAUCUUUCUACUCGAGAUACGGCGGCGAAAGUGUUGAAAGCCACUCCUGGGUUAGAGAAUCCUACAUCGUACCAUAACCUGCCGGUAUUUCGAAAACGCAACAGGUUGCUACCGAGUCAGCGGAGUAAAAGCAAAGAUGCCUGCGAUUGUGAGGAUGGUAGUCGAGCAUACGCAGCGGUGGGACAAAAGAAACGUCCCCAACAACCAGAGGGACCGAUCGGGCAUGUCGCCAACAGCGUUCAGCCUGCUAAUCCCCGUACUUUUCUUGUUUUUCCUCGGGCCACCUAUUUGCGUAUACUUUCUUCGCAGGCGACGACAACGCCUUUCGAGAGUUGGAAUCCCACCAAGACGUGCUGCUGUGCAGCGAUCAGAUGCAAGAGCGAUGCUGGGGUCCGUGACUGAGGUUGUAGGUGCUGCACGCGUCGGUACGUUGGAAGAGAAAAGCUCUGUGGAAUGUAUCUCGGUGCUUGAGAGAGAGUGUGCUAUCUGUCUAUCGACCUUACACGGCCCCUCACCCCCUGAGCCUGCACAGUUGAGGCUGAGCAACGAGGUGGUAACUGCAAACACCGCCAUGGAAGUGCCACCAGCCAAAGCCGUAUCCAUCGAGGAGGAAGAGAUUCUGAAACUAAAGGUCUGUGGCCAUGAAUUUCACACCGAAUGUCUAGUCUCGUGGUGUGCUCUGCGGAAAACGAGUUGCCCUAUCUGUCGCGCAACAUACUACACUGGAGAAGCAGAGAAGACUUCCAACGACGAGGCUUAGAGUUCGGUAAUAUCCUGAAGCGGCUGAGAUCCUGGAGAAGAAAACUUUCCCUGCCAACCAUAAGCAAUGAUUUCCGGACUGGUCAGACCGCAAAAGGGCUUUG